CCCUUUCAACCAAAUGGAAAUCGCAAUGCAGCGAGUAGUUUAUGUGGCGUUCAUGUUGUUGCUUCUGGGUAUAACAUGUGAUGCUCAACUUUCGCCUACGUUCUACGACCAAACAUGUCCUAAUGCACUUACUACCAUCAGAACUGUUGUUAGGCAAGCUGUUUCCCAAGAACGUCGAAUGGCUGCAUCUCUCAUUCGCCUCCAUUUUCACGACUGUUUUGUUCAAGGUUGUGAUGCGUCAAUAUUGCUCAACGACACUCCUUCUAUGAUUGGGGAACAAAAUGCAGCACCCAACAGAAACUCUGCAAACGGUUAUGGAGUAAUACAGAAGGCUAAGACUGAAGUUGAGAAGAUAUGUCCUGGUGUUGUAUCUUGUGCAGACAUCCUGACUGUUGCUGCAAGAGAUGCAUCUUUUGCUGUGGGUGGUCCAUCUUGGACAAUAAAGUUGGGAAGAAGAGAUUCUACCACUGCAAGCAAAACUCUUGCCGAGAGCGAGCUUCCAGGCUUUCAAGAAAGCCUUGAUGGACUUAUCUCUAUGUUUGCAAACAAGGGUCUUAGUGCACGGGAUAUGGUUGCACUAUCAGGUUCUCAUACCAUAGGACAAGCCCGAUGCUUUCUUUUUCGUAAUAGGAUAUACAAUCAAAGUAACAUUGAUGUGGGGUUUGCUAGCACUCGCCGAAUAAAUUGUCCAACAUCUAGUGGAGACGAAAAUUUGGCACCACUUGAUUUGGUCACACCGAAUUCCUUUGACAACAACUACUUUAAAAAUUUAAUUCAAAAGAAGGGUUUGCUAGAAAUAGAUCAAGUACUCUUCAACGGAGGAUCAACCGAUAGUAUUGUUAUAGAGUAUAGUAGAAAUCCAUCAACAUUCAAUUCUGACUUUGCAACUGCGAUGAUUAAAAUGGGAGAUAUCAAACCUCUCACCCGUUUAGAUGGCCAAAUAAGAAAAAUAUGUGGCGCUAUCAACUAAAGUUCCUUUUGCAUUUUUAUUUGAAGUCUAUACUCGUG